UUAUGAAUUAUACUAUUUAAUAUGUGUCUAUUUUGAUCUUGGUUACUACUGUUAUAUUUUUAAGGUUAUUCAACGGUUGCAUUUUAAAUAAAAUGAAGGUUAAAUCUACAAAAGCUAAUUACAAUAAACAAUGUAUUCAUAUAUGAGUAGCUUUGUACACAAUUUCUGAUAUACUUUUUCUUCUACUAUUAUUUUAUAUCAAUUACAAGCACAAUUUCAAAUAACUAAUGAACACUAAAACAUCUAAUAAUAACAUGAGAACAACUCAUGUUAGCAUCCUUGUUCCCUCAAAUAAUGAUAGUAGUAGUACACGCAGUGAUAGAGUAUCUGAAAAAGAUGCGACUGUUCAGUAUCAAUUAGAGAAACAGAUAAGAAUUGAAGCAGUUUUGAAUAGGCAGGAUCAGCUUAUCCAACAACUUAAACGAAACUUGGCGAGGAUGGGUCAAUCCGCAAACAAACUAGCUCUAGAGGAUCUUCCUGAAAAUGUUAAGGCUUUUGGUACAAUCAUCAGACAAGAACUUGAGGAGCUGCCACAAAAUGGGCACUUUGACUAUAAUACUACCUAUAAGGACCAUGCAAACAAAAGCACGAGGGAUAGUUUAUUUGCUUACGGCAAAAUUUAUAAUGGCCAGUACUCUAUUUCAGACAGUCGUUUGAAAAGAAUUCUUUCAGAAAUGUUCUAUAAUAAGAAGAAAGAAUUAAAACUAUCUAUAGACAAAAAGGAGAUUAGAAAAAUUAAAAGUGCAGUCAAAAGUAGCAAAGCAGCCGUAAAUAAUUAUGAAGGACUUGACAGAUUAAUUAUUCCAUCUUGGAUAUCAGAUGAAGAAGAAAUUGUUGAUAACGACGUUGAUGGUAAUUUAAUUUUUAAGGUACUACGUCCUUCCUUUAGAAUUCAAAUGGGCAAGUUAGUUAGAAAUAGCUCUAUUCUUACAGAAGCAUUAUUUCCAAGUUAUUUAGAUAAAGAAGACUUUCAUGAUUGGGCUUUUAGUACAUAAUUUCUUUAGCCUUUUUUUGUUUAUAUUUUAUAUAUAAUAUUAUAUACACUUGAAGCAUUAAAUAAAAA